GUCAGUCUUGUCAAUUGUCAUCGUGGUCCAGUCGGGUCCAGUCCUGAGUCCGUGAUAUUAUUUAUUACCUAGGUAGGUACUUGCUCUGUGUGAUAAUUCGCAAAUCGAAGCAUCAAAGCCGGAUUUUGGAAUCAGCCUUUGCUGGCCUUUGCCCUUUGAAAGUUGUGUAGGAACCUUACUCAAGUAAACAAUCAGGAUGUAUAAAAUGAAAAGUAUUAUCCCGAUUGAACAAUCUAUAGAUUUACCAACAUGCAUGUAUUAUAUGAAGAAUCCCAACCAGCAGGUUGUUGCUAAUGAUGACAUACAAUUGAAUAUUCGUGACCAGGUUAUGAGAUUCCUUAAGAGUGCACCAAACAACAAAAUGUUGGAUCUUGAAAAUAGGCAAGAUCAGCUGCUCAAAAAACUGGAUAAGCUUUAUGAGAAAAUCCAAAUAAUAAGUUCUUCCUGCAAAUUGAAUGGCACUGUUCAUAAUAAAGUCAAGCCAUGCUCCAAAAUAUCUCAGAUAAAACCCGAGGAAUUGGUGUUGGUAUUAAGUCCAGAUAAUUUACCAUGGUUCUUGGUUAAAAUUUUGAAGGAAAAUUUGGAUUUAAACUUUACAUGGCACAUUCAUUCUUCUACCCCUUCCAACAAAAUUCCAAAAAUUAAAUCAUUCUUUGAAAAGGUGAAAUUUGAAAACACUGAUGGAAAAGUCAACCUAAGACUGAUUUUUAAGUAUGAGUCAGCUAAUACAGAAUUGAGAAUUUCAUCAUUGGGAUUACCAAUACUAGGAAAUGUAAAUGUAUUGAGGUAUAUUUGUGAGAUAUUCCCAAACACUGUUUCAUAUGAUUUUAAUGAUUAUGCAGCUGAGAGUUUAUUGGAUACUUGUUAUUUACUUGAAAAUUCUUCAGAGAAACAAAAGCAAGUCCACUGUCAAAAAUUAUUUCAAAAUGGUAGUCAAUGGAUUUAUAACAACAAAUUUAGUAUCAUUGACCUUGCUGUAUAUAAUGAAGUAAAGCAAUGGAAUAAUGUACCAAAAAUUGUACCACAGCAGUGGUUGGUUAAUUGUGAGAAGUGCAUAUUAUAAUUUAUAAAGUACCUAGUAUCUAUAUAGGUACAUAAUAUUUACAAAUGCUGACAUUUUGUAUUUGUUUCAUUAAAUAUAAGUCUUUUAUAAUCCG